UGCAACUGUUGUGCUACAAACCUUACUACUUAAACAUCGUUACUUCAAGAUUAUACAUUGUAGCAACUUCACGUGUGGUAUAACGUUUGUCAGCCGGUGUCCGUGUAGAUUUCGUGGUAAAAUAUGUCGACCGUCGACCUUGCUCAAAUUGGAAAAAACUUGUUGAAGUGCGGUGAAACUGGAGAGAGUGUAGAGCUGCAGUCUCUGUGGAAGGACCAGCCAGUUGUCUUGUUCUUCCUGCGCAGGUUUGGCUGUCAGGUGUGUCGAUGGAUGGCAUCGGAAGUCAGCAAACUCGAGUCGGACAUGAAAGCCAGCGGUGUAUCGCUGGUGGGGGUCGGACCUGAGGAGUUCGGCCUGAAGGAGUUCAAGGAAGGAGGUUAUUUCAAAGGAUCCAUUUAUAUUGAUGAACAAAAGAAAACCUACAAGGAUUUGGGCUUUAAAAGGUACACAGCCAUUAGUGUGGUACCUGCUGCUUUGGCGAAGAAAGUACGAAAUGCAGCUUCAAAGGCCACUGUUGCAGGCAUCCAGGGGAACUUCUCAGGUGAUCUGCUGCAGAGUGGAGGCAUGCUCAUUGUGGCCAAAGGUGGAGAAAAAGUCCUGGUGCACUUUAUCCAGGAUUCACCAGGAGACCACCUUCCUCUGGAGGAUAUUUCCAAGGCUUUAGGUAUCUCAGCCAAAGCAGAAGCAGGACAGAAGCCAGUGUGCAAUGAUGAUGUUUGUACACGGUGAUGAGCUGCCCAUCGCACCAGAGGAAUUUAUAAACAUCAUGAAGCUAAAAUGGAGAUUUACGAAGCACAAUGUCAUCAAAAUGCUGAAGUGAACACAAAACUACUGCCAAUAUACCUAUUUGCUUGUAAUUUAGUUGUGACCGUUACACAAUAUGCAUUAUCUACAGUGAUAGCAACGGUGGCAUUCCUUUGUAAUGAUUACCUCUAAAUUGCAAUUAAUGUCAUUAAUUGUUUUGUUUGUAUCUUGCUUUAAAUGUCAUGAUUUUACAUUUAUUAC